UUUCGAUUACUUUUCAGUAAUGAAAGACCUUUAACCUACUAAAAUCAUUGUCACAAUUUUCAUUGGUAGUUCGCAAAUUUGUAAAUACUGCAAGUUCCAAAAGAAAGAUUUAAAUAUAUGAAUAUGAAAGUAAACGUUUUAACAAGAGACGGAUAAAAGCGUAGAUUGAUGUGUAAUAAUAUAUUAAAAAGCGUAUAACAUCACACGGAGAUAACAAAUUUCCCAACAAGAUGGAAUCCAAAACAGAUCAGACACAAAAUUCCGUCUAUGACAAGGAAACUGAAAAUAUUAUUAACAACGAUGAUUCUACAUUUCUGGCGAAUAUACUGCGUGAAAUUUUGUAUAGUCCAAUGAACUUGGCCCUAUUAGCAAUAAUAUGUUUCUUGGUCUAUAAAAUUGUUCGGGAUCGCACCGAAGUACCAUCUGUAGGCGUUGUGAAACCAUUUGAAACAGGACUACCCAAAAUACGCCGCGAUUUCACUGUAAAGGAGCUGCGCCAGUACGAUGGAAAUCAACCUGAUGGUCGGGUUUUGGUCGCCGUCAAUGGGAGUGUUUACGACGUUAGCAAAGGACGACGAUUCUACGGGCCAGGUGGUCCCUAUGCUACAUUCGCGGGAAGAGAUGCAUCCCGCAAUUUGGCAACAUUUAGCGUGGAUUCAAAUGAUAAAGAUGAAUACGACGACUUGAGCGACUUGAGCGCCGUAGAAAUGGAUUCUGUUAAGGAAUGGGAGAUGCAAUUCAAGGAAAAAUAUGAACUGGUUGGCAAGCUUCUGCGUAGGGGCGAACAACCGACAAAUUAUGACGAUGACGAGGACGAUGAGAAUGUUAACAGUGAUGAAACCACUGGAACAAACGAACAAACCAAUAGCUCGCGAAAACGUCUACCCAAGUCGAAAACUGAGACUGAUGAAAGAAUUCAAGAAAGUCACGUUCUGCAAGGCAACAAUGCAACCAUAAACAACGCACAAGAUGAACCAACUUCUACUGAUUGUUAGCAAAUCCCGGUUUUUUGUUUUGCUUUUGGAUGUGGCUGUAAUAGUUUAUUUUCGGUUAGAUACACAACAAAACUAAAUAGCAUUUCCGACUCUUUUGAUUCUGCCUCUGCUCCUCUGAAACUGAGAACAAGACCUAUUUGGAAAACAUUUAAAGAAAACAUCCUAAUUUGAGCCAAACAAACAAGGCUUUAAAUUUAUUAUGAACAUUUGAAAUGAAUUUAAAAAGAUACGAAAGAUACGUUUUUUUGAUGUUAUUCUUAGAGUGCAGCCUUGACAAAGCUAUAGUUGUUACUAUAUUUCACGUUGUGAUGUGAUCUUGUUCCAUAUAUUAUAGUAGUAUAUUCAUAAACAUGUAACGGAAAUCGUAAAAUUAAUUAAGGAGGAGGCCAAUGUGUGUGGGUAUGGGAGUCAUUUUCGUGGCAAUAUAAAUUUAAAUGUAACUAUAUUUGAAAUACAAAUUAAAUACUAAAAA